UGAUUUUGCAUUUCCGGCUAGGGGGCAUAUAUGUAAACAAUACUGAUCUCUCGCCUGUCAGCUCCUGCACUUUGCUUUGUAUUGCUCUGCAUAGCAGAGCAAUACAAAACAAUGUGCUGACAGAGUGAAACACACACACAGCACAAAGUUAACCCUUUGAUCGCCCCACAUGUUAACCCCUUCCUGCCCAGUGCCAUUAGUACAGUGUCAGUGCUUUUUAUUAGCACUGAUCACUGUAUUGAUGUCACUAGGGAUGUCAGUGGCAGUUAGUCAGUUCCCCCCCAGUGUCAGAAUGCCCGCUGCAGACCCGCUAUAA